CGUGUGUGUGCGCUCUUGUGCGCGCCUGAGAUUGAGAGCUCACUGUUCCUAUGGAGUGUGUGUGAAACUCUGGUCUUGUUCGGAGUGAGACUGAGGGACAGGAAGAGACUUAAAAAUGGCUCCCAGCACUCUGCUGCACUUCUGCUUCUGUAUCAUAUACACCGCGCAAACGUGCUGUGGAUUUAACGUGGAUGUCCGUUUCCCGGUUAUAAAAGAAGGAAAAACCAAAGGCAGCUUUUUCGGAUUCUCCGUAGCGCAACAUAGACUGACGGAAAAGCCCAGGAAGUACCUACUCCUAGCAGGAGCACCCAAAGAGAAAGCUUUAUCACAGCUGAAGGUAAACGAGACCGGAGCCAUCUACUCAUGCCCCAUCACCACAGAGCCGACAGACUGCACCAGAGUCGACCUCAUCACCUCAACGGAUUCCUCCGAAAUGAUAGAAGGCAUGUGGCUUGGCGUGACCGUAGCCAGUCAGAGAGAGCAUCCUGGUGGACGAAUAUUGGCAUGUGGCCACCGCUAUGUGAAAAUAGUGCACGGUGGAGGAGAGGAACAGCGCCGGAUGGUGGGCAAGUGCUUCGUCCGUGGGAACGACCUGAGCUUUGACCGCAAUGACUUAUGGCAGGAUCACCCGUAUGAAGUGUGCAACCCCAACACCGACAUGGAGCUGGAGGGCAUGUGUAACAUGGGCAUUUCUGCAGGCAUGACGGACAGCGACGUCUACAUCGGCUGCACCGGGAGUUUUGAAUGGCAGGGCAACGUGCAUGUUACAUGGAGAGACACGACUCCGGACAACUCCUGGGAUUACAGUGAAAAAGACUUCGGUUCUCUAAAUAAGCGCAACAGCUACAUGGGUUACUCGGUGACGGAAGACUUAAAGCUGUUAAGCAGGAAAGAAUACACAGUGGUUACAGGGGCUCCCAGAGACGACUCCAGGGGGUCGGUGACGCUGGCGGUGAAAGGCCAGUCUAACCUCGAGCCUGCCUUUAUAAUCCCAGGAGAGCAAGUGGGCUCGUACUUUGGGAGCAGUGUCGCAGUGACGGAUCUCAACAAUGACGACUGGAACGACCUGAUCGUGGGAGCGCCGUUCUAUUUUGACCGCUACAAAGAGCAAGGUGGAGCCGUGUAUGUUUUUAUCAACGAAAACGGAUCGUUCCAGAACAAGUCUAGCAUCGUCCUGAAAGGUGCCAAGGGUUCUGCGUUUGGAUUUGCUGUGGCAGCUAUAGGAGAUGUGAAUCAGGAUGGAUUCCAAGAUAUUGCAGUUGGAGCCCCAUUCCAUGAUUCCGGAAAAGUCUAUAUAUGGAUGGGAAGCAAAGAGGGAAUAACAAAUGUUCCCAGUCAGGUUAUUGAAGGGAAGACUUUGGGCUCUGGUGGGUUCCAGACGUUCGGUUAUUCCCUCAGCGGAGGCAUGGAUAUGGACGGCAACAAAUAUCCUGAUAUCUUAGUCGGCUCUCUCGACGAUCGUAUAGCACUUCUGAGGGCACGUCCAGUUAUCCAUUUAUCCAGAAACUUCACAGUAGAGCCAAAUAUUGUGGAUCCCAGCCAGUGCAUCGAUACUUGUAUAACAGCAACGAUGUGUUUUACUUACACACUGAGCAACGGAAAUCGCAACUUUAAGAAGGGCAUUACUGUAAAAUACACAGUAGAGGCGGACCGCAACCGGCGCAGUCCAAGAGUGCAGUUCAUCAACGGCAAAAGCACGUACACAGGUCUCCUGUCCUUCUCUUCUCCGACCUGCCAGGAGCUCAAGCUUCGGAUAAAUGAGCAGAUAACAAAUAAACUGGAGCCGGUUGUGUUUCUUUUAAAUGUUUCAUUGAACGAGGCUUCAGUGGAGCCUGAACAGACUCUACAGGACCUUGACACAUUCCCGAUGCUCAGCAGCCAGCAGCAGCUGACUGAAAAAACUGAGAUUAACUUCCAGAAAGAGUGUGGCUCUGAUAACAAAUGCAGCAGCAAUCUGCAGGUGACGGCGCAGUUUGCCAACGAACUGCAAACUGUAUUCCCCAGCGUUGACGGUAGACAGACGAUGGAGUAUAACAGCAGCGUCAAGAAGGUGAUGUUGUUAGUGGAGGUGAGUAACAUCGCCAAUAGCGGCAGAGAGGCCGAGGACGCACAUCAGGCCGUGCUCAACAUCACAGUUCCUCCGACACUCAGCUACUCAGGCUUUCGUUCUAAGGAAAUUGAGUGUAAUGCUAACAAGACCGUGAUGUGCGAUGUUGGGAACCCAUUCAAGAGCAACAAGAAGAUUUCCUUUCAGAUUAUAUUUGAGACUUUUAUUACGCUUUACACAGACCAGAUUGUUCUGCAGCUCCAGCUAUCUACUCUGAGUGAACAGAAUGAUCUGUACCCUGUGCCAGUUGUCCUCAACGUGGAGAACACAAUCCUCACUUCCUUCUCUAUUGAGAACCCGGUGGUGAACACUUAUUUUAGUGGUAAAGUGGUGGGUGAGUCAGCCAUGAACAGCACAGAUGACAUCGGCAGUCUAGUGGAGUACGUUCUCCAGGUGAGUGUGGCAGGAGAACCACUGGGAACUCUGGGAACACUGGUGGUAGACUUCAGUUGGCCGUUUGAGGUGACAAACGGUAAAUGGUUGCUGUAUCUGACCGAGAUCUUAACCGGCGGGACGUCCGAGUCGCACUGCGUUCCUCCUGGAAAAGUUAUUAAUCAUUUGAACUUAACAAUGUCAAGGAAGAGUUUGAAACGGCAGAAGAGAGAUUUGGACAACAGUCUGCCACUCACUGAAGCAGCUAAAACCCUCCUGACUCCACGCAAAGAGACCCACCUGCUGGACUGUGCGGUGCAGACGGCUCGCUGCGAGACCUUCUCGUGCCCGCUGAGGAACAUGUCCACUGCAGCCUCACUCACCGUCAGAGCUCGUGUGUGGAACAGCACCAUGCUGGAGGAUUUCGCCAACACUUUUCGGGUGAUCGUGAAAGGGAACGUCACGCUGAGGCUGGAGACCGACAAACCCACCAUCAAGAUGAAAACUGAAAAUCGAGAGUUUGUGGUGAACAUUGAUCCUGUUCCAGGAGAAGAAACCCCAUAUAAUGUUCCAUUAUGGAUAUACAUCAUCGCAGGCAUAGCAGGAAUUAUUUUAUUAGGCAUCAUCAGCCUCAUCUUAUGGAAGUGUGGUUUCUUUAAACGGGCCAGUCGGAGAGAGAUGUACGAAGCCAAAGCCCAAAAAGCCGAAAUGAAGAUCCAGCCAUCGGAGACCAAGAGGCUGACUGAGGACUACUGAGACCGUACAGGGGCCUCCAUUGGCCCCCUGGUGUCCUCUGUUGGUGCCCCUCGUGUGGGUUCUUUAAAAGAGCUGUCUACUACAAGGUGAUGCCAAAGUAUCACGGAGUGAAAAUACGCAAGGAGGAGAGGUACAAGUUGAGCAGGGCUUUUCAGCCUGAGCACAAGCUCAACAAAAAACUCUGGGUCACCAACUGGACAGAAGUGCACAAAUAUUACUACUGAACUUGGAAAUCAUCCACUCGGGUUUGCUGGUCCAAAGGAAUGCAGUAGCUGGAGGUUUCCUUUACUAUAUGAACGAGACUCUGGGGCUUUGUCUUCGUAGGCCAACAUUUACACGUUUAAGAAUUGAGUACUGGGUGAAGUGUUGUUGUCUUUAUUGUGUUGUUGUUGACUGGUGUGGUACUCAGAAUACUCAAUACUCUCAGUAUUGCAGAACAUUUUUGGAAUAUAACGGAUAUAUUUUCUGUAUCGUGGUUGAUUUUGUAAUAUGGUAUUUUUUUAGUUUAGGCAUUUUUUUUAUUGUGUUUGUAAAUGCACAAUGUUCCAAGAAGACUCUCACACUCCCAUUGACCCUGUGACACACAGAAGAUUUCUUCUGACUUUAAACUAUGAAUGAUGGGAUUUAUUUUUUAAUUUUAUAGCCAGUAUGAAAUAAAUUUUAUCGCUUUUUUUCCGCCGAUAGAAAAGACACUAUGACACUGCCUGGUAACAAGGUACACAGCGAAUUUUAGCACAAGGAAGAUUUCCACACAUCACUGAACAGAUAUUUAUUUAAUAUGUGCCUAUAACGAUACGAUACGAGUCGAUACACUGGAGAAUAUAAUGUUGCUUUGUAGUGAAUUAUUUGCUUCUUGUUCCAGUUCCAGCUGGUUUAAAGUUUUUUCUCACACUGGCAUUAGUUCCUGCUGUAGCACUAGAAAAGGUGAUUCAGUCUUUCAUAAACGAGUCAGAAACUGCUUGUGGUUCUUCUUUUAUACGCUCCAGAUAUUAAAAUGUUUUGUACAUA